AAACACUCUCUCCGCCCAUCCCACACACACUCUUCAUUUUUGUAUUAUUCUCUGAAAAGCUCUCACCAUGGCCACUCUUUCUUGUGACCCUUCCGAUUUGGUACCCCUUCUCGGGUCGACAGCCACUGCGAAUUCCACCGCUGUAGCCGAGUUCCUGUGCUCAAGAUUCACAACCAUAGCCAACAGUUUCAGCUCCACCACCUACGCCAUCGACAACACCUACCUCCUCUUCUCCGCCUAUCUCGUCUUUGCCAUGCAGCUCGGCUUCGCCAUGCUUUGCGCUGGCUCGGUCCGUGCCAAAAACACCAUGAACAUCAUGCUCACCAACGUCCUCGAUGCCGCCGCGGGUGGCCUCUCCUACUACCUCUUUGGCUUUGCCUUUGCCUUCGGUGCUCCCUCCAACUCCUUCAUUGGCCGCCACCUUUUUGGCCUCUCCAAUUUUCCCAACCCUUCUACUGAUUAUAGCUUCUUUCUCUAUCAAUGGGCCUUUGCUAUUGCUGCUGCAGGUAUCACUAGUGGCUCCAUUGCUGAGCGAACUCAAUUUGUCGCCUACCUUAUCUAUUCCAGCAUCCUUACCGGCUUUGUCUAUCCCAUAGUCUCCCAUUGGUUCUGGUCUGCAGACGGAUGGGCUAGCCCAACCCGAUCCAAUAACCUUCUAUUCAAUUCAGGGGCAAUUGACUUUGCCGGAUCAGGUGUGGUCCACAUGGUUGGUGGCAUAGCCGGCCUUUGGGGUGCGGUAAUUGAAGGCCCUCGGAUCGGUCGGUUCGAUCGAUCUGGCCGAUCUGUAGCCCUUCGCGGCCACAGUGCCUCCUUAGUAGUUCUUGGCACAUUCCUCCUCUGGUUUGGGUGGUAUGGGUUCAACCCAGGUUCAUUCCUAACAAUCUCCAAAUCCUACAAUGAUGGUCGCACUUACUACGGUCAAUGGAGCGCCAUAGGUCGAACUGGAGUCACCACAACACUAGCUGGAUGCACAGCUGCUUUAACAACCCUCUUUACAAAACGAUUAUUAGUUGGCCACUGGAACGUAAUCGAUGUGUGCAACGGAUUAUUAGGUGGAUUCGCCGCCAUCACGUCCGGUUGCGCCGUUGUGGAGCCAUGGGCUGCAGUGAUAUGUGGCUUCAUAGCAUCCUGGGUGUUAACUGGCUUCAACAUGCUAGCCGAGAAGGUCAAGUACGAUGACCCAUUAGAGGCAGCGCAACUACAUGGCGGGUGUGGGGCAUGGGGCCUUAUAUUCACAGGAUUAUUUGCGAGAAAGGAGUAUGUAGCAGAGGUUUACCAGGCCGGACGUCCAUAUGGGUUGUUGAUGGGCGGCGGAGGGAGGCUUCUAGCAGCACAGUUGGUGGAGAUAAUGGCGAUAAUUGGGUGGGUUUCUGUAACGAUGGGGGCAUUGUUUUAUGGGUUGAAGAAGGUGAAACUGUUGAGGAUAUCAAGAGAAGAUGAGAUGGCGGGGAUGGAUUUGACAAGGCAUGGAGGAUUUGCUUACGUAUAUAAUGAUGAGGAAGAUUUGUCUGGGAAGCCAUCCGGAUUUAUGAUGGGGAGAAUUGAGCCUGCUAAUGAGACUCCUCCUCAGGAGCAUUCUCCUUCAGGGAUGGCAGCUGUUUGAUUCAGAUUCUGAUGCUAAUGACAUUGUUUUACGUAGUUGAAACCUUGAGUGUGUUAGCUCUUUAUCUUGUACUUCGAUUGAUGUAAAAAUAUUCAUAAACUAUAAUAUUAGACUAUCAAAAUACACUUGAAUUAUUAUUGAAGGUGGGGAAACUCAGAACCUUCUAAUCUUCUGGAAGGUAUGUAAUAUGUUGAUUAGCUUAGUUGGUUGAAGAUA